CAGCCCCCCAUCGGGUCCGGCAGCGUUCACGUGGCUCUCCGCCAGCGAGCGGCCGUGUGCUCCCCCCUUCUCCUGUGUGUGCGCAUGGACUGCGCCCCGGCCGAGCGCCACUCCGUGCGAGACCAUGCGGCCGGCGCAUCUGCUCACCCUACUGCUGGCAACCACACCUGCACUCGUCGCCGGAUUUUCCAAUCCGAAUCUCAAAGGACACUCCCACUCCUGUGUGCUGAUCCUCGCUUCGUGGCUCCCUCUCACGGUUUCCACACUCCUGAAGCCAGGAGAUUCGAUCAAGUGCCUCAACGAGGGCGAAAUAACGUACGUCCCUGGCAUCUCGACAAAGUGUAUCACCUGUAAGUGCCAGAACAGCGUGGUACAGUGCGGACGCGAGACCUGCCCCCUGCCGAGAGGCUGCUACUUCCUGCAGGAGUCCAAGGGAAACAAGUGCUGCGACGUCUGCAAAGGCUGCUUCUACAAGGGUCGCCUCUACGCCAGCUCGGAGGAAUGGACUGAUCCCCACGAUCCGUGCCGUCGAUUCUUCUGUCAGUCCGGUGUCAUAACUGAGUCAAGAAUCUACUGCCAUGUGAAUUGCAAGAAUCCUCGGAAUCCGCCAGAAGGACACUGCUGCCCUUACUGCGAAGGUUGCACGGUGGACGGCAGGCAGUACGCCGAAGGAGACGUCGUACCGUCGUACGAACGGGACCCCUGCGUAGUGUGCCUCUGCAAGGGUGGCCGCGUGACAUGCACCAAGAAGUCGUGCCCGGUGCUGCCAUGUCCGCCGAGCCGUAUCGCCCAGACACCCGGCACAUGCUGUCCGGAGUGCCGAAGUGGCAUGAGGCUUGCCGACUCGCGCGGACAGUGCAGAAUGAGAGAUGACAUGUACGACAACGAGUCGACGUGGCCGUACGACCAGUGCACCAACUGUCAAUGCCAGAAUGGGACAAUCAUCUGUCAGCGGACGGUGUGCCCGCCACUACAGUGUCCUCCUGAGCACCAGGAAGCCAGCCCCGACAGCUGCUGCUCGCAGUGCCGAAGGCCCCAAGAGAAGAAAGCCAUGUGCAUAUACAACGGCCAGAAGCGAUACAACGGUGAAACAUGGAAGCUCAAAAAGUGCACCACCUGUUCCUGUCAUCACGGGCUGGUGCGCUGCGGUGUGGAGGAAUGCAUAUCCGCACCAGUCUGCCCCCCGAAGAAGAAGCUUGCCACGCCUCCCGGCAAAUGUUGUCCCACUUGCGUCGAAGAGGACGGUGUCUGCACGGUGUACGGAGACCCGCAUUACAGGACGUUCGAUGGAAGGAUGUUCAACUACCAGGGCCCGUGUCGAUACGUACUCGCGUCAGACUGCGUUGGCGGCACAUUUUCCAUCGAAGUGUGGAACGACGUCCGUUACUCCAAGUCGUUCUCAUGGACCAAAUCUGUCGUCAUCAAGAUAAAGGACGUCAGGGUGAAGCUGGGACAGUUUAUGCGAGUUCGGAUACAGAAGAAACGUGUCAAGUUGCCGUACGUGAUGCUGCAAGUCCUCAACAUCAACCAGGAAGAUCACAACAUCGUCGUCAGAAUUAACAAAGGUGUCAAGGUGGUCUGGGAUGGCGACAACUACGUGGAAGUGUCCGUGUCGCCGACCUACAAGAAUAAGCUGUGUGGUUUGUGCGGCAACUACAACGACAAACAGGAGGACGAUUUCGUGUCCAGAAACGGCACUCGCCUAGCGGACCCCAACGCUUUCGGCAACUCCUGGCUGGUCGGCCGUCGGAAAAGGUGCUUCCGACCAGCGACUCGAGCCAGUCAUCCCUUGGACUGCAGGCUCAAACACUGGAACUUGCGCCAGCAAAACCUGAAGCUCUGCAAUCACAUCAAGCAGGAGCCAUUCAAGGCGUGCCACAAGGUCGUCGAGGCAACAUCCUAUUUCAGAUCGUGCAUGCUGGACAUGUGCGAGUGCCUCCCAUCAGACAAGUGUUACUGUGACUCACUCAAUGCCUAUGCGCGGGAAUGCAACAGGGCUGGGAUCAAAAUAGAUUGGAAGCACAUCACAAACUGUGAAGGAAUGCACUGCCCCAGAGGCUCGGACUAUACACCAUGUGGGCCCCCAUGUCGGCGGACAUGCAAGAACCACCAUCUAGAGCGGCCUUGCCGACGGAAGUGUCAGCCUGGGUGUCAGUGCAAGCCAGGCCUUGUGUGGCACAGGGAUCACUGCAUUUCACCCAGAGAGUGCCCUGUGGCCUCGUGAUGGGCCAGCUGCCUGGUCAACAAACCCCCCUUCACCCCACUUCAACCCUGCCCCCUCCGAGGCCUGUGAACUAUUCGAAGCCACGCUCACUCUACCGCAAGCUAGAUUCAACCGCAGGCUGUGUGAACACAUACCCUGCUUAUGGCUUUGACUUGGAAUGCAAGUUAACGCAUUAAUGGGAUACAAGAGUAGUGAAGGUGCCAGUGUUCUUGGAUAGAACCCUGCCCCACGUCUGGUAGUUUAUAAUGCACGCAAUGCGGUUCCUGUUUAUUGCACUGAUAUCGGCAGUACAGUGCAGUUCUUGCCUGCAGAAUAUGCUGCAUAAAUGGGCAACAUUCCAUCAACACUAUUCAUUAGAUGUUCUGACAAUGUUUUUUCCAAAAUAAUCACACCAAAACUUAUGUUAAUACUACCUCAUUCAAAAAUUUGAAGCUGCACAAAUACAAUCUAAAAUUUUCUAGCAAUAUCUCUAAGAUGAAUAGACAACAUCAAGAAAAAAACUGCAGUAAUUUAAAUUGUUGACAUUUUGUGUCCAUUUCUAUCUAGUUUCUAAGCGGUCAUGGCAGUCAAGUAAUUCAUGUUCCGCAAACUAAUCUGCAAUAUAGAGGGCAAUAUAGAGAUGUAGAGGGAAGUGGUGGGGGUGGCAAAAAGUGCUGUGUGGUGUGGCUGCUGUUGAUCUUACAACAUAGUAGCAGGUUCAAGCCUCGGUGGGGCAGUCAUAGUCUGUUGUUUGGUUCCUAUCAUUUCAACAAAGGUGCGUCCAGGUCCAAUGUGAAAACAUCAGGUCUGACCGCAUUCAGACAUUGGCAUCAGCAUUCUGGUCCAAUCGACUCGGAGCAGCUUAGCUUGUUAUUCACGUUCCGAGCCUGUUGAUAUUUAUGUCUGUCGAAAACUGUGUACUCGCACUGUUCUAUGCGCUAUUUGUUCUUAUUGUACCUCAUCAAAUGUCAUGUGUGUUCGUGGUUGGCUAUUAGCCGUAAACAUGUGUACUAAGAUUUAAGCUACCAUACAUCAUUUGUUUCAUACUUGCACAUUCAGUUUCGAUAACCAUUACUGCUUAUAGCAUUUGUUCAGUCUUGCAUAAGUUCCAAAACAAAAGCUGUAAAUAUGUGCGAGGAAAGAAUCAACAGAUUAUAAGAUCAUGUUUCAUUCUAUCAGCCCUAUGUUCCCUCUCUGCUUUUAUUGCUCUCAGAACCUUCGUGGUCCGCUCACACACAUGAGAGAUCUGAACUAGCAUCCACAAGACGUUGUUUUGUAUUCACCAUUCCUGUUUUAUUAUGCACCCUGGUGAUGCUAGUGAGUGUAUUCUAUAGGCUUCAGUAAAAGAAAAUAUUUAUUACAUUUAUCAUAUACUAAACUGCUUGCAGUAGAAAAUGUUCAUGGGAAUUCGCAGCACAUAUAAGCUAAUGCUACAAUUUUCAUUUGCUAAAGGAAUUUGCAAAAUAAGUCUUCAAUGCCCGAUAAAUUGUCAAUAUUGCAAGGAAUGUAAAAUUUUAUUGUAGGUGUAUUUUCAAGCAUUUUAUUUUAACCUGAUCUAUGCAUGCAGAUCAUGGUAUCUUAGCUAAUUGUUAUGGCAGCUGUUACACAUAUAUGUAUUGCUGAUUUGGCAUUAAAGAAAUUUCAACUUGUAUUAGCCUACACCAAGUUACAACAUGGCUUCAAAUGUUGUAAGAAUAAGACACUGUCUUUUUAAAAUUUAUUGCAGUGCUGUGCUUUAAAAUGUCAAUUAGUUCACACACCUUAAUUGUUUCAUUGUUUUGUACAGUUAGUUUCAUGCACUAGCCUUGCAGCAUCUCAUAUGGUGUCUUCUUUCUCAGUUGAAAAUUUUAAAACAUCUGCAGCUGUCUAACUGUGUUUUAACAGUUAUAAAUAUCAUUAUCUCAAUUUUUCUGUAUGCAUUCAGUCAAUCAUUAUCAUUGCCUCCGAUUGCCAGUAUGGAAUUCUCCGUUACUAUUAUCAUUUGCAUUCAUUAAAAUGUUGAACCUCAGACAUUGCAUGAGCAGAUAAAGUUUUAAAGCUCUCUGCAAUAGUAUAUUGUGAUGACUUCAGCCCAUUACAAAACCAACUGUCACAACGUGGGUUGAAUUGGAGAUGAAAAAAAUACUCCUUUUAAUACUAUGAUCUUAAGCGUAUCAUUCUUUUUUAUGUAGGUUUUGAGGAAUUGCCAGUGGCAGUCCUUAAAUAUGAACUGAACAAAACAGACAGAUAUGUGUAUCAGCCUCAGAUACUUUUAUUACGUGAGACGCUGAAUUUUAGAACACAAAUUAUACAAUAUUUAAUUAUGCUUAAUGUUUAAAAAACCAGCCAGAAAAUGGUCAAAUUAAUUGCUGCAAUACAAACGAGCACGAUCCUUCAAUAUAUAUUCUUCUAAGCAGGUUCAUAGUGCAACAUCUGUUUUUGAGUGACAGUGCCACCUCCAGGUGGAAGUGAUAAGCAUCAUGAGUUUUUUACUUUCUUUUUUUUGUGCUCCCAUUGGCACCAUUCACCUCAGGACAAGUCUUUCCAUGAGGUUUAGUCACUUGAAACACCUUAAUGCCACCUAAUAAUGCAGCCGCCUAGAAAUGGCAGUUAUUAUUUGAAGGUUAUCGAGCAGAACUUCUUUUUUAUCUUUUCUACGGAGAAUUACUCUCUGCAACAUAUUUACGUGACUUUUAUUAUAUCAUUUUUUCAUAACUUAGAGAAGUGUCAUUUUAUUUUUAACUUGAGGAAAAGAAUCAAAGUGUCAAAUUGAAACCAGCCUAUUUGAGAAAAAAAAAAGCUCCGAUACAUAGCAGUAGAAAGUAUAGGUCUGACAACUUUAAAGAGACAAAAGAUUCACAAUAAGCCAACUAGUUUUGAUGUCACAGCUUCUGUGUUGCAGAAUUUGGUUUUGCAAUAUUUUUUGUUCAUCAAGAGGGGCAGCAUAUAUGCUGGUUUUCGUACGUGCUAAAAAUAGUGGUGCCCCCAAUCUUCACCUCAUGGGUACUUUGCUGUUGUGACACUUCAGUAUUAUAACAGAUUGUAUUUGUUGUCUACUAGAAAAGUUUACGCUGCAUGUUGUGGUUAUACAGCAGACUCAUUGCUUUUAAGUGCAUGCUGUGGUCCAGUUUUGGUGUCCUUCAAUAUCUUAUGCCCUUGACUUUAUUAUUUUUAUUUUUAUUUUCAACCAGUCUGAGUUGACAGGCAGUAGUCCUUUUUUUUGUGUGUACUGUUGUGUCAAGCACGAAUGUUGUUGUGACCAUAUAAUUUAUUUAGGUUCUCUAGCACCAUUUUUUAUGUGUAUGUGUGUACUUUGAUCACAGUUCAUUCUUCUUUAGUAAAAAGAACAACAUUUGGUUAUACUGUCAAUUCAAGUGGUUAUAUUUGUUUUUUGCAUUUCUUGCCUGCCAAGUUAAAGCAUCAUCCCUACUUUCAUAUGCAUCAAUCUUGGUACCAAUGUCUGCAGUGGCAUUAUAAAAUCCCAUUUAUGAGGUAGUGAUGAGUUGCAUUCAUUUGCAAAAAGAGAGUUUAGAAAAUUACUGUAUAAGUUUGCCCUGUGAUAAUAUGCAUUGUACUUAAUGUUCAAUCAUUUAACUUAUUUCACACACAUCUGUGCAUUUUGCGAAAAAUCUUAAAAACAUGUACGAGCUGUUUUAAGCUGAACAAAAUUAAACUUGGGAUUCUUCAAGUGGGUUUAUAAUAAGAGGUGUGUUAGUUUUUUUGUCCUCAAUACGAGUUUAUUUUGUAAAAGUGUGACUUGUGAAUUCAAUAGUUUAAUAUUAAAUCUGGCUAUGUUUAGGAGGAUUAGUUCUCAGCAGCUCUGAACAGUGAACACUCGUAAACUGUGUGUUAAAGCACUGGACCAAUUGGCAUAGUGUAUAAUUAUGCAAUCCUGUUGUGACAGUAGUAUAUAGUGUUCCUCACCAAUCUUAACAUGCACCACUAGUGUAGAAAACCUGUCUUUCUGCUUUAUGCUUCUAUAAUAAAUGCUUGCACGAUGUUAGUGCCACUUAUAUGUACAUAAUAGUUGAUAUAUAAAGAAUGUUGUGGUUUCAUGCUCAGAAAGUCUGUCUUUAGUCCACAUAGCCUAGUCUGUGCCCACAUUAUAUGUACUGAAAUAAAAAGAGUAUAUUGAGUACAUGUA